AUGGGUAAAGUAGCAGCAAUAUCAGAAUCAGAAAAAAUUGUGAACGAUGAUGAAAGUAAUGCAAAUAUAGAAAACCAGAAAAUUCCAAACAAGCCUGUUUUAGAAGCUACAUCAUCAAAUUCUCCAACCACACCACCUGCAAUACCACCACGUACAUAUCCACAGCAACCUUCUUCAACUAAUAGUGAUGUUAUUGUUGCUAGGAGAAGACCUUUAUGGCAGCAACUAAUUAUCGUGUCAAUGAUCACUGAAUUAGGCAAAGAUACUAGCGAAAUUUUAUCGUUAAAAUUUUCCACGUCAUCAACAACAUCUUCUUUAGAACCUUCUUUGCUUACGACACUUUCAACGGAUUUAACAAGCAUGGCAGAAAAAUUGAAAGCUCAUCAAGAAUUUGAAAAUCCAAAAGAAGAGAUAAACGAAAUUCAAGACUCGUUAGGUUCCCUAGUUACAUAUCUUUCAAGCACGAUAAAUACUCCAUCAGGAUUAAUGAUAGAUAAGGAUCUUGAUGCAUCCCAAAUUAAAAAAGAAAUCAGAAGCAUUAAAGAAAUAUCGUCUAAAGACACUGAACAAUUCCAAGAUGAUCAAUCUCAAAAAAAUACAACAAUGGAUGGAUUGGAUUUGCCAAAAAAAACCAUUACAGAAUUUGGAUAUAAAUGUGGAAUUGGGGUAUUUCAUUCUGGAGUAGAAAUAUUAGGGAGAGAAUAUAAUUUUGGUGGAAGUGAUGAUGAGUGUACUGGAAUAUUUGAAUUACCUCCAAGAGUUGGCCCACCAAAUGUCACCUAUAGUGACUAUGAUAAAGAAGAAAUCAUAAAUAUUAUUGAUGAGUUAUCCGAAGAAUGGAAAGGAAACACUUAUCAAUUGUUAACAAGGAAUUGCAAUCAUUUCACAAAUGAAUUGUGUCUGAAAUUAGUUGGCAAAGCUGCACCAAAGCAGCAAGAUUUGGCUCUUAUUUUCCAUAACAUUAUUGGUACGCCAAAUAUUUAUCCUAAUUCAAGUGGAAAAAGCAGCAAAGUAUCCUUACUACUGGAAUCAACGAGUACUCCUAGAACAUCCACCACAAAUUUAUUACCAUCUGAUCUUACUAAUUCUGAAUUAUCAACAACAACAACGACAAAUAAACGAAAAAAUCUUGAACAAUUUGUUUCUAAUACAUACGAGGGCAAUGAUCGUAAUGUUAAAAAUUUAUUAGAUUCAUUGUAUAUUAAAUAUUUUUCUGAACCUAUGCCAGAAUUUGGUCCUAGUGUCACAAAAGCAAUAGUUGGAAAAGGCUCUAAAGGUACAGGUCAAAUUAAAACCAUAGCAAGUACAUUGGUUGCUCAUAUCACUGAACAUAAAGCUUCUAUCAAUCAAAUACGGGUUUCACCUGAUCAUAAUUUUGUUGCGACUUGUUCAGAUGACGGAACUGUAAGAAUAUGGGAUUGUGGUAGAUUUAUAACCUUUAACUGUCGUUCAAGAAUCACGCAUAUACAAAAAGGGAAAGUCAAAUGUAUGACUUUUAUUGAUCGUACACACAGUAUUGCAUCAGCAUCAGAUAAUGGUAGUAUUCAUAUAUUUCGUGUAGAAUGUUUUACUGGCAGCACUCCCUUGAAAUAUGGUAAAGCACAAAUAAUAAGAAAAACCCAGUUGAACGGAGAAGUAGGAGAAUAUGCUGUAGCAAUGGAACAUUAUGAGUCCGGUACCGAUUCUAUACUGUUAUAUGCGACUUCUAAAGGUAAUAUUUGUGGUUUAGAUUUGAGAACAAUGGAAGUUGUUUGGACUUUUACAAAUCCUAGAAGUUAUGGAGUGAUCACGGCAAUGGUUUUAGAUAAAAAAUUCAGAUGGCUUCUUACUGGUACUUCACGCGGUAUUCUAACACUUUGGGAUCUUAGAUUUAGAAUCCAACUGCGUUCAUGGACACAUCCUAGUAAAAGUAGAAUAAGCAGAUUAUUAAUACAUCCACAAGCAAUGACUGGUAGAGCGUGGGUAGUUGUCUCAGCAGGUAAAAAUGAAAUAUCAAUUUGGGAUAUAGAGAAAAUCGCAUGUAAGGAAGCAUUUGGUGUAAUCACAGAUGAAAAAAUGGGCGGAGUGACUUUAGAUAUGUUUAAGGCUCUUGAUCCACCUGAGUCAAGCGAUAUAUUGAGAAAUGCGUUUACAGCCAAUGAAAAAAGUAUUUCUGUAGAUCAUUCCGUUAGAGCAGUUCUUUAUCCACAAGAAUGCAAUUUCAUUAUAACUGCAGGAUCGGAUCGUAAAAUAAGAUUUUGGGAUAAUGCUAAUAUUAAGGAUUCAUAUAUUAUUGCCGGUUCUGAUAUUUCCGAAAGUAAACCAGUGUAUAGUGCAAAACAAUUUGACGGAAUUAAAUUUUAUUAUGAAACACAAAAUUUAUUUCGUAAUUCUAAUUCAACAAGUUCACAUUCAUCAUCAUCACAUUCUCAUAGUAGCAGUUUCUCAAGUGGUCGCAACUGUAUAACAGAUUUAGCAAUUACAGAAUUUCCACAUCCAAUGUUAAUAAGUGGUGAUAGAGAUGGGAUUUUAAAACCAGAUAGUGAACCAUCUGAAAAGUACAACAACAUCACAAUUAUUGAACUUUUUCGCCCACCCAGCUCUCCCAA